AUGGAUCCUGAGAAUAUCCUAGUGGAUGAAGGCGCCACCGCAGCACCAGCCAAUGUGAGUGAACCUAAACGAGAAGCAUCGAUGAUACAGCGCAGCGUUCGAGUAAAAAUUCAUCAGCGUGAGAAUCUCUUAAGACGUUUGCGUUCGUUACACCUCGGGGUUAUCGAAAGCGACACUUUUUCGUUGCGUCAACUGACAGCGAAAUUGGAUUUAGUAGAGCGCCAAUACAGUACACUGGAGACAUUACAAACUCAAUUAGAGGAGCUGGAUGAAUCUCAACUAAAUGAAGACCAUCGUGUGACCUUUGAAGAUACUUACAUCGAAGCAAAAACCGCAUUACUGGACCAAUUAGAAGAACUGCAAAGAGUCCAACCGCUCAGUCACAUGAGUAGCACACAAGUGGAGCGGCAAUGUACACAUCGCAUCAAUUUGCCAAAAUUGCAGUUAACGAAAUUCAGCGGGGAGCAGUCGCAGUGGUUGGACUUCUACAAUGUCUUUACCACCCUCGUGCACAACAACAAAGACUUGACAGAAGUUGAAAAAUUUCAAUACCUCAGGUCAUGUCUCACUGACGAAGCCUCGCGACUAAUACAAUCACUCGAAGUGACUAGCAAAAACUACAAUACGGCGCUCGACCUCAUAGUCAGUCGUUUCAACAAUAGCCAUUUAAUCUUCCAGUCACACAUGCAGCAAAUUUGUGACCUCACGAAUUUGUCGUCAUCGAAUACAUAUUUGCUUCGCAACUUCAUCGACACAAUCAACGUCAAUCUUCGGGCCAUGCAGUCACUAGCAACUUCGGAACAAAUCGGGGAAGCAAUUCUAUUACACGUCAUAAUAAGUAAGUUAGAUUCAGCAACUCGAACAAAAUGGGAAGAAGAAGUGGCCAUCAACUGGAAUUGCAGAAGUUCAUCACCUUUAAAUAUACCAACUUGGGCAGACCUUGCUGCAUUCCUUGAGCGUCGCUGCCAGACAUUCAACAUGCUUGAAACCAACAAGGCAGCCAACCAAUGGUCAACCCCGAUGAAAAAACCUUCGCCUAAAACCAGCAACAAAUACGCGUUGGCAGUUGCGAAUUCACACAACAGGUGCCUGCUAUGUGAUUCAAGCCCUCACCAUAGCCCUUUCAGCUGUGAAAGGUUCAUGAAUAUGAACCCAUUGCAUAGAUAUUUUCUUGUGAAGCGUCUUAGCCUGUGUUUGAAUUGCCUGGGUAAGAACCAUACUUCAAGCAACUGUCCGUCCAACCGUAGGUGUCAACAAUGUAACGUUAGUCACCAUACACUGCUACACAGGAAUAAUGAAAGCGAUGCUAUACCGAAUAUUCGCAACAACAACACCAGUGGUCCGAAAAGCGAGAAUAGCAACCAAGUCACCAUGAAAGCAGAGCAGAUCGGCGGCGACGUCAUUCUUGCUACAGCCCGUAUUCACUUGUGCAAUUCAUCGGGAUCAUCACUUAUUGUUCGUGCACUUUUGGAUUCAGGAUCACAGCUCAAUUUCAUAACAGAACAUAUCGCACAACAUCUUCGUCUUCCACGGAUCAAACGAAGCAUUGAAGUUAGCGGCAUAGGUGCCACCACGACAAAAACACAUCAGCUUUGUUAUGUAACUAUGAAGUCAAUUCACACCGAAUAUACUUCAAGCUUGGAAGUUGUGAUAAUUCCUACAAUCACAUCAAAACAACCAAGCAGCCGCAUCAUCUCGAAGGGGUUUCAAAUUUCAAACAACAUCAAGCUUGCCGACGAAAGGUUUAGCGAACCAGGUGGCAUCGACUGCCUGAUCGGUGCCGGAAUAUUUUUCGAUCUACUACUGGUGGGCCAAAUUAAAGAUGACAUCAGAUAUCCCAUCCUUCAAAAGACCAAGCUAGGGUGGAUCGUUUCUGGUACAGCUCCAUCGGACUCAUCGCAUGCUACAAAUUCAUCAUCAUCGCUCACAUCGUUGCCCACAUAUAAAACAUUUCUAGCUGUGGAAAACCAAAUAACUUUAGACAAUUUGGUGGAAAGGUUUUGGACAGUUGAAGGAUACAACAAUCCACACAAACUGCUUUCAGAUAACGAAUUGGCCUGUGAGCAGUUCUUCAAGCACACUACGACAAGGUGCCCGACAAGCGGAAGGUUCAUCGUCCGCCUACCAUUUAAAGAAAAGCCAGUCGCAUUAGGCCAGUCAUACGACAUAGCGUUUCGAAGGUUAGUAGCACUUGAAUAUAAACUCUCAAAGAAUUCUUCUCUCUUAAAGAGUUAUCGUGAGUUCAUACACGACUAUGAGCAGAUGCAGCACAUGAAGGUUAUCGAAAACGUCAAACAGGGCCGAAAUUUCAUUCCACACCACUGCGUUAUGAAGACUGACAGCAGCACCACAAAAUUACGAGUUGUUUUUGAUGCGUCAUGCCAAACCUCAAAUGGGAAAUCCCUGAAUGACGUGCUUCGAGUAGGCCCUACACUUCAAGAUGACAUUCUCACGAUUCUCACUCGAUUCCGAAGUCACAGAUACGUCUUGAUAGCCGAUAUCGCAAAGAUGUACAGACAGGUGCUCGUUAACGACGCUGAUGCUCCAUGGCAAUGUAUCUUAUGGCGCGAUUCAUUACAAGCUCCAGUAAGAAUGUACCAGAUGCAGACCGUUACAUAUGGGACAAGCUGUGCCCCCUACCUUGCAACAAAAUGCCUCCUGGAAGCAGCUAAAAUGGAGUCUAAAGAGUUUCCGAUUGGCUCAGCCAUUACACUCAAGGACUUUUACGUUGAUAAUUUGAUGACGGGUGCCUCUACUGUGAGCAUGGUCAUUGAAAUCAAGCGGCAAGUUGCGGCCUUGCUUAAAGGAGCUGGAUUUCCUCUACGCAAGUUUGCUGCAAACAACAUGGAAAUCAUCGACGACAUACCUUUAGAUGACAGAGAAGAAAUAAUUACACUAGGCGACUCAGAUUACGUUAAAACUCUCGGUCUGAAAUGGUCACCUUCUAAAGAUGCCUUUUUCUUCAGCUACCAUGGACCAGCAGCAUCGCGUAAACCAACCAAGCGUUCUAUAUUAUCACAAAUAGCUGCCUUGUUUGAUCCUCUUGGGUUGCUGAACCCUCUCAUCGUCGCCGGCAAAAUCCUGAUGCAACAACUCUGGGAACUGAAGUUAGAUUGGGACGAAAGCGUACCUCAAGACAUUUACACACAGUGGCGCGCAUUUCAGGAGCAUCUGAGCGCUAUUAACAACAUUCAAAUACCAAGAUGCCAGUACUAG